GGUGGCGGUGGGCGGAGCUGGGGCGGCGAUGGCGGGCGGCCAGGCUGGGGCAGCGCGGUCCCGAUCACUGUUCCUGUGGGAUGACGGGCGUCCUAUGCGGUUCUAUCUGCGGCCCGGCCUAGCCAAGCUGCGCCUGGCACCCCUAGUGCUGGCGGGCGGGGGACGGCUGUGCCGGGUGCAGGAGCCAGGAGCCGUGCUCCUGGCGCAGCCCGGCGAGGUGGCUCCCGACGGGGCCGUCUCAACCGAGUACGUGACGGAGUGCGUGGAGCGCAACCACGACGGGGCCUGGUGGCGGCGGCGAGCGUGGGCCCGGGCCCCGCUGAAGCCCGGCAGACGAUGCCCGCGUGUUUCCGCAGAGCCGCCGCAGACGGAGGAUCCCACGCAGAUCAGGGGUCUGUUCGCGGCAGCUAGUCGGGAGUUUGAAAGCACGGAGUCAGAAAGUGAUUCCUCGGAUGUUGCACAACUUUCUACACAAGAUGGUGUGGGAAGGUUCCCAGGAGAAACAGCAUCUGAUCUGAAAACUGGGCCAGAGGACUCUGCUUUCCCUGACAUUCAGUUACAAAGGCAAGAAAGACCAAAGGCAAAAAGCACUGUGGUGGGACAGGUCAUAAAAACUAUGGAGAACUUCAUGGAGAAGUUUGCUGUGGACCUGUUCACUGUUACGCAGGCCUUUCUGAAAAACAGCGGUGAUGUGGAGGCUACUUCAUACUUUCUGCAGACAGGGCAGCGCUUGGAUGGGUACCCUGUAUGGAGCAGAGAGGAUGAUUUAGAAUUGCAAAAGGAUGAUGAACAUGUCAGAAAUAAAUUGAUAGCCAAAUUUGGAGCUGAAAAUGUAGCAAAGCGGAUAGUGUUUAGAAAGAGUUAACGAGGACAAAAUUCUGAAGUUUCAAAAAUGCUUUAAAGAAUUUUUUUUGCAUUAAAAGACCUAUUUUGCAUCUCUACAGAUCUAAGAAAUGCAGCUGCUUUAAUCCAAACAAAGUAACGCUUGUACCAGGCCAUAUAUUCUAGUUGGGAAAAGUACACUAGCUUUCAGGGCUGAGUAAUAGUUGAAGUAGGAAAUGAAAGUUAAGAGAGAAUGAUCAGAGGUUUUGUAUCUAUUACCUAAAUUGUGGUUGAGAGAGAAUGCCGUUGCUAGGAUACAGUCAUAAUCUGAAAAACUCAGUACCUUUAGCCUGAAAUUGGUCACUUAUUUAAUAUUAUUUGAAAUGAGUCCUAAAAAUCUGGAAUUCAUUCUUUUGGUGAAAUAAAAUGGGCUGGUAAAGGUGAAGUUUGUUAUGGUUUUGUUUUUGUUGGUUUUUUUGUUUGUUCAUUUGGUUUUUUUGUUGUUCGGGGGUUUUUUUUACCUCUCUAAAGAGUUAACAUUUUGGGUUUUUAGCAUACUGCACUGUGGUACUCAGAAAAUUGGGGUGAAUUGGGAAAUGGCUGAGGUUAAGCCAAAUUAAAAUUAUACUGAAAAUAAAAAACUAUAUAACCAGACUGCUGUUCCAGGAAGCCACUGCAACACUUACUGAUUAUUCAAGGAUGUAACCAAAUAAAUGCUAAAACAGCACUAUGCAGUGUUUCACUGGACUAGAAAAGUGAGAAUUAUUUGGCAUAAUCACCCUAUUCAGACCUUGAACAGUUAUUUGAGAUUUGUUUGGAGCCCAGACAAGCACUUAAUGAGUACAAGACAGCAUAGCAAAUUUUUUUUUUUUUUUUUU